GAUGACGUAACAAGCUGCCGGCGGAGGAGCUGUAAAAUGAAGAAAAUGUGUUUAAUUUUAGAAAAGUUAACGAUGUAAUUUUCAAUUUGACAAACGUGUGUACUUUUCAUACUGAUCAGGUUUAAGCUGUAAGAUUUGUCCAGGCUCUUCGUGUCGUGCUCGUGUUGCUAUGGUAACUAUACACUGAACCGUUUUGCUGUCUUGAUACUGAGCUUCUACUGCCAGAGAGUUAAUGCAGCAAUGAACACCGGUGAAUGCAGUUACAAAGGGGAUCGAAAAAACGGCAGGUAAACUGAAAUAUGUUGUAAAAUUAAAUUAAAAUAAGAAAACUAGGAACGACAUUCACUUCAAGCUUGAAGGAUAGGGGAGAUUGGGGUAAGUUUAGCCAAAGGGUAAGUUGAGCCACCUCCUCUUUCUUGGAAAUGAUCAAACAAAUUGAUCAUGUGACCAAAUAUUUAGGAGAUUGGCAUCAAUCCAUGGAGUCUGUGAAGGUUAGAAGCACAUGGGUGAAGGGGUUAGACAUUUAUUUAAAAAAAAAUAAAUAAAUCUUGAAAGUGAAUUUAGUCUGUCAUAAGUUUUAGCAGAAUUGUGUUCAGACCAAAAAAGAUUAUUUUUAGAUUUAAUUUGUUUUAUACAUCAAUUGUGGUAUCUAUGAGCCACAACAUGAGGUCAAAAACCCAGUAUAAAAGUCCACCAUUUUAGCUUAGAGGACUAUUAAAAUCAUAAUAGUAGUUCUGGGGUAAGUUGAGUCAGUGACUCAAUUGAGAAAGUAAAGGAGUCUGAUGAGAGGAUCAGAGUUUUAGUUCAGAUUGUUGAAAUGUGUUACUUUUUCUUUUCAAAAAUACAGCUGUGAAUGUUCUGAAUCACUUAAAGACAUUCUCAUGUUAAAAUGGAUUUUCACAAAACAGCUUUUUAGCAGUUAUAUGCAAUAAUAAUGAAAAGAAUUAUUGUACCAGUUGAAUAUGAAAAUGGCUGAAAUAUGAAAAAUGGCUCAUCUUACCCCACUCUCCCCUACAGUAAGCAGCACUGUGUGUUUGUCUCUGUCCCUCAGAAUGGAUGGAAAAGGAGAGUACACCUUCCCCACAGGAACGAAGUAUGUGGGAGAGAUGAAAGACGGGAUGUUUCAUGGCAAAGGAGUGCUACACUUUUCAAAUGGAAGUAAAUAUGAGGCCACCUGGGAAAAUGGCAGAGCUAAAGAGGUGUGUGUGUGUGUGUGUGUGUGUGUGUGUGUGUGUGUGUGUGUGUGUGUGUGUGUGUGUGUGUGUGUGUGUGUGUGUGUGUGUGUGUGUGUGUGUGUAUGUGUGUGUGUGUCCAUGUCAGAGUACAUCCACAUACAGAGCUGUGUGUGUUUCUCAUUGGUUAUAGUUGAUAUUACAUCUGGUCUCUUUUAGCAAUCACUCACCAUUAUUGGUGUACUUAUUUGGUUUCUCUGUUUUUUUUCUGUUUCUGUCCCUACAUGAAACUACACUCUUGCUUGCUCUGAUGCAUUCUUCCAUUGGCUUUUGCCACAACAGCAAUCACCUUCAAUCAUGAUCAUCAUUUGAGUUGUGAUUCAUUUGAAAUGAUAGCAGCUCUAAACCAUGACUAAACGAGACUGAGGCCACCCCACACCUGCAUCCAUGCCAGCCCUCCAAAACUGAUUUCCAUUAAAAACAGAUCUGAACCGCUUGGAAAUUUAGGAACUUAAAACUCUGGAAAAUUUACCCUCUCCCCAAGUAAUCUAAAACCUGGGUGACAAUCCUGGACCCAUAUUUUCCCCCUAUUUUAAUGCAUUACUACAUAUAUCAGUUUUUGAGACACAGAAAAGAUCAUUUAUUGGAAAUGUCCCAUUAUUUUUAUCUAAUUAUUUAUUUUAUUGAAAUGUGUUAAGAUUGAAGAAAAAACAAGCUGCAUUUCAUAGGUGUUCAUUUACUGUUUAAUAAGAAUUUGGACUUAAUACUUUCACUUUCAGGAAAAAGACAUGCAUAAAUUGAUUAUCUAUGCUCUGCAGUAACAUAAAACAUGAGCCAGAUUGUGGUGAGCUUGGUGAGGUGUUUUCUGGGAGAUUGGAAUAAGGUUGCCAUCCCCUUCACUGUCUUGGCUGGGAUGUUGUGAGUGGAAUCAGAUUUUGGGACAGAGGGGAGAAAAGAAGAGACAGUCCAAAAAAAAUGAAGGAAAGGAUCAUUUCUCUCCCCUCCUCCUCUUCUUUGGACUCUCUUCUUGUGGAAGGUUUUCUUGGAGGUUCUGAGAGUUAGGAGGUGUAUUGUACAAGAACAUAAUUUACCUGUGAUCUGAUGAAUCCAACCACACUGUGGGCCUAACCCGUCACAUCACCUGUGUGCAAGAGGGUGUGACAAUGCUUCAGGCACAGCAGUACCCCUUUAUAUUACUACACAGCCCAUACGGCAUUGCCACAUUCAGCAGACCCAGGCUCCCAUCGUGAAAGCCCCAGGCACUGAAUACACAAACCUACUCUACACAACUAAUGGUCUCCACAAUAUUAAACACACUAGAAUCUGUAGCAAAAUUUUACAAAGAGGAAGAAGCUUGAUUUGGCUGGAGCUUGACCCCUUUGGUUUAGGUUGUAUGCGUUACCUCCCCUAUCCUCCAUUUUAAUGAGGGAUGAGAGGAGAGAUGAGACAGGGAAGGUAGAGUCAAAACAAGGCAAGAAUGACUCGUAUUAUAACUUUUAACCAGUAUAAUUUCUGCUGCAAAUCUUUUCUUUUUGCAUUUUAAAAUAAUUUUUAUUUGAUUGUUAGUUUGUAAUUGAUAUCUUUAUAUGGCUGUAUCAUAUUAAAGCUCACGUAAGGAGUUUUUUAUCCUUAUGCAACGGGCUAAAAUUCACAAUUAUGCAUUGUUAUUACAUUCAAAUGUAAACAGGACCAACAGUGUUCAGAUUGACAACUUUUAUAUUGUAGUUUUUAGAGCUGCAAGGGGUAGUCAUCAUCUACGCAGCCUAAGAGAGGGUCCUGUUUUUACUGAUUCGCCAUAAAUUAUUCACAGUAUACAGUAUGAAGCAUCUGACUGUCAAAGGUCAGCAGGAUGAGAUUUUUUUUUUUUCCAGGGGACAUUUCUUAAGCUUUCGAGAAAAAAAUAACUUAGGACUGCUUCGUCAACAGGGAGCACCAGAAUUGACACAAACCUGAACUUCCUCACAGAAGCCUUUAAGUCCAACUAAUGCAGCUAUUAUAAUGAAAACUGUUUUGUGCAUUCUGAAGCAAAUGUGUUUUAAUGAGUCUCAUUUCAGUUGCUGCACAAAGUAUGUUUAAUAUUCCCGCUAUUCAUAUUGUUCUCUGGCCGAUACAUGCACAUACUGUUCACAGUGACUUGAUUCAAGCAAAAUUCCCAAACACAUAUUUUUCCACUUUCCUCUAGUGGUUUAUAUCAAUGCAGCCAUCUUCUGUUUUAUUUGCUGAGGUUUUGAGAUUUCCAUCUCUGAGGCUUCUGCUUUUACUCAAAGACAAUGGAAGAGAAUUAAAGAAGUUUUUGUGAUGCUUAAAGCACUGAAAAGUGACAUCUGAAAACCUCAACAGCAAGCUAUCUGUCCAAGAAACCAUGUCUGGGAUGCAUAGUAGCAUAACCCCAGGACCUUGCUUUCAACAGUUUUCACCACAGCUACUCUCUGCCAAAGAAAUUUCCUCGAAAAAAACUGUCAGGAAGACAGUGAGGUCUUUUGAUGAUCAUGAAGUAUUUGUUCAGCUGAGUUUUUCAGAUCUGACUUUUUAAGGAGCACAAAUAAAACUCCAAACAAACAAAACUGAUUUAAAGGUAACAGUUAUUUUUUUUUAAAUUAUUAUUAUUUUGCAAAUUUACCAAUUUAAAAAUAUUAUAAAAAUAUUUAUAGUUUGACAUUUUGUUUUCACCCCAGGGCUCAUUUACCUUUGCUGAUGGUCUGCAGUACCAGGAGACAGCCUGGGACUACUGUGAUGGCCAUGACAGGCGCUUCUACAGCGAGCGGUGCAAUGGACUUAGACCUGCAGGUUGGAAUUUAAAUGUUUGCCCAAGUAUUCACUCAACUGCAGAAAGGAUGCCGGUGAUUUAGAGUCAAUAUCUGUGUCAAUCACUGGCCUGAUUUAUAAGAUAAGAUACAAUAAAACUGAAGUAUCCUGAAAGAGGUUCUAGUGCCAGACUGACUUAAAUCCACAGUUGAAAAGUGGAGUGACUGAAGAGAGAAUCAAAUAGAUGUGAGAUAUAAACAUACAGAGUUUAUGGGUUACAUUUAAAGGAUGCCUAGAAUUGCUGAGCUAUAGAACUAUUAUCAGCAACAAAGGUUGUCUACAUCAGGUGAUGAUGGUGCUUGCAGUUUAACUGUGAGUGAAAGUAGUUUUGCACAUGCAGUCAGAAAGAAAAGGGACCAGUAAUGUUGCACAUUGUCCGUGGAAUCAAAAAGUACUAUUGCUCAGACAUUGCAUAUUUAACAUGUAAGAGCAGUAAGUAGAUAAAUGGUCAACAAUGUUAUCAUUUAAACACAACAUGUCACAAACCUUUCCUUUCAGCUAACAUUAAUGAGCUGAAUUAGUGUUUCUAAAUCACAUAAAGAUGGCUCCUCUUUCAAUCAGCUGCUUUUUCCAUACAGGAGAAUCCCAACUGACUGAUCUGCAUCCACCACAUGACAUUCCUGAUGGAUGUUACGAUUGUGGAGACGGUUUUUAUGACCCCAAUUCCCGAGUUGUCACUUCCUACAAUGGUAGAUUUCUCAGGAAUGCAGGUGAGAUGAGAAAUAUCCUGUUAUUUCCACUACUGUAGCGGUGACUAGCUCAUAAAAGAUGUGACGCUUACUUCCCAUAAUAAUUAUCCUUUAAAUCACUGGUACUUUGCAACCUACAUUUCAGGACCCAUGUACUUACUGAGGGCUACAGAAGUGCUGAUAUGACGAAGGGAUAACAUUACAUGAUACGAGAAUCAUGCCUCUUUUCCUUGCAACUUAUUCCACAUUAGUUUGUGCACAUUUUUGCUCCACCAAUUUGAUGCCAAAUUGGCUCCCUCCUUGUGUUGAGUAAUAUCCAAGCAUCUCGGGCUGUUGCGCCAAAGAAAAUUGCAAGAUGAAAGUCAAGAGCAAACACAUAUUUUCAUUUCAAAUUGAGUGUGCAAAGUCUUAUGUCAAAUGAAGCACCUAGACAGUGAUAGAUUGCUGAACGUUAGAUUUAUUUUUGUAGCGACUGAAAUAAGCAGUGUGGCUUGUUUGUAGUAUUCUGCAGGAAUUCCAGUAAUCUUUUUAUCCGAAAGUUUUUAAACCUCCUUAAGUAUAUUUUCCAUGAAUUCAGACCUGUGGCCAAGAUGGUGCUUGUCAGUUCACUUCCAUAUAUAGAGAUGAACACAGAACUGUAUGAACACUUGUGACUUAUUGCCUGCCUCAUCAAACUGUUUCAGUUCCUGGGUGUGAACUCCUCACGUAGAUGUUUAAAAUCGCUCAUAUUACUGACAUUGGUGGGUUGUGUCAGGAUAUAAAUUCAAAGUCAUUAUGUUUUACAAAGUAUUAUUCACGAGUUGACUGCCAUACAAUCAGCUGGACUAGCAGUGAGUGAAUCAUCAUCGUUGAUUUGUCAUAAAAGGUGCUAUCUUUGUGUAAAAUGAAUUUCCAACAACCUGACGUUAGUACAGUCUAAAAGUCUAAAAAGUGCUCUGAGCUGCACUAGAGCACUUUAGUUAAGUUGAGUUUGGCGGGCUCCUUUCUCUCCACCAAUGUGAUAAUAACUGUAUCUCUGAAAAUGCAUACGGUGUGGCCAUAUGGGAAGGAUUAGAUAACAGUGAACCUAGAGAGAGAUGUUAAAUGGAUUAUUCCAGGAUUCUCUGAUGGAAGAUUUCUGUUACAAGCCAUCUGAUAAGCCUGCUGAUGUAGUCGUUUCAAAAAAAAAAAAAAAAACGCUAGUUCUUCCUGUAGCUAUUGGUUAAAAGUGGAAAAUUCAAGACACAUUUUUCCACUGAGCGAGUGUCUGCUUCUGCAGUUCCCUAUUUGAAGUAAAUUCAAUCUGUCAUAUGUCUAGAUAGGAAUUCCCAAAUUUUGACAUCCUCUGCUCGUCAUGUCUUCUGUGAUUUUACAUCACCAGAUGGAAAACACAGCCACUUUUUUGUGUGCAUCAAAGGUGUUUCACAUUAUUGUUUUAUUGGUAACAUGCUUAAUAGUACCUUUACACAGCUCUUAACACAAGAACACGCAUGAGGUUGUUGUACAGACUUGCAGGGCGCUUGUAAUUUUGCAUUUGAUUACAGAAAAGAAGGAAACAAUCACAUCACGCUAUUUUUAGAUUCUUUCAUCUUUGAAGAAGUCAGACACAGUCCACCUCCAUCGUCUGGAUUCCCAUCUGACCACUCACGAAUCCAUCUUAGUUUGAAAUGGACCUCUUUUAAUCGAACCAAUUCAGAUGUGUUUUGAGAUAUGAUUCCUGGAGGACGUAAAGAAAUGACUCACAAACUCCUUAAAGGCAAAGUAUUAUCAUGCAGAAUGGCUACUCGCAACAUAAAGAAGAUUAGUUUCAUGGGAUCAAAAAUCUCACAUAAGGCAAAAACAUUUUUAGGGAUUCUCUAGUGGUGUUCAGCUGAGUGACACAUCAACAGAGGAGAAGCUUCCCAACAAUACUCCAUACCGUAAAUAUGAAGUCAAGUAUGUGAGAUAUGCCCUGGGCCAUGGACUGUGAGCGACUUAAAGCUUCUGCAACCCCCUCUCAAGUCUUGGUAUACAAUCCUCAAAAAGGAUGCUCCUGUAUCCUGUAUGAAUUUAUUUUUCAACCCCGGGAGGUGAAGGCACAUUUGUCAGAGUGGGUGUGAAGACAGAAUUUAUUGCCUCGUGGCUUCCUCCCAGGAUGAGAGCUGUGAGGAUGAGGGGACACUGGGAAGACCCACCCUCCCUCCCCGAGGGGACGUCUGCUGCUGCGAGGAAAGAGGAAGGAGCCCCCCAUGCAGCCGUCACAAUUGGUGCAUGUAAGGCAAGAAAGACAUGAGCCAGUCGUAUCAGGAGGAGUUGCAGAAGUGAUGCAUAUGGAAACGGUUUCUACCACAGAUGAUUCAAGUUUUGACCCCUUGAACUGAACAUCAAGUCUACGGCUUUGCUCACCAGCCAGAACCGGCUUAUUGCAAAGUCCUGACCUUCUUAGUUACUGUUGCUAACUCAGACAAACAAUUCAUCUUGGCACAAUGCCAUGGAGCAAAACAAUGGGAUCUGUUGCUGAUAUCCCCCAAGAGGUUAAGGAUUAUUUUUGGAGUCGAACAGGUCUUUUGGCGGCCUGUGCGCCCGCAUUUAUGGGAGUUGUCAAAAAUAUUGAUUCCCAAUGGAGAAAUGUAGGACGAUAGAGGGAAAGGAAGGCGGUGAGAUCGAAUAUAUUGCCCUGGAGUAAGAAUUGGGUUUGUUGGCGACAUGACAACACUUAAUGCGUUGAUGGUUUGUUCCCCGUUUUGGAGUACCCUCGAGCAGGCUGAGAUACACAUACGGAAUCAGUGCUGAUAAAAGUGCAUGCUAAAAAACGUCUUUCUCACUACACUUAAAAUCAUCCAGCAUUAUGAACAGAUGAACUCUCACUCUUAAAACAGUCCUGUGCAGCCGUUGGGGCUCAUUAGAAAAUGUGCAUUUGUAUGUUUUUUUAUUUAAAACGUUAAUGCUUGCAAACAACUCAAUUGUGCAACAGUCUAAAGUGAACUGUGUUAAGAUGUUAAGGCUUACAGGUACAGAGUUGACAAUGUGGUGAUAAUUUAAUUCACAAGGCUUAUCACACAAAUAGUAAAGAGAAGUGAAUCAUAAUUGCAGAUUUUUCUGUAUGAGAAAACCAAGUCUUUGAAAAAAUGUGUCCAACUGUUUCCUUUUUAUAUUGUGACAUAUGAGCAUCAUAACAAACAUGUGUUUUUACUCUUACCAUGCCACAGUUAAACAGUCCAGCUUCAAUUAGACCAACAGACUGUAACACAAUGAGAUCUCAAACACAAAUCACAUAUUUAGCAAACAACGCUGAAAGGUCAUUUUUUUCUCCUGUCCACCAAAAUCCCAGACUCACAUAAAUGAAGGGAAUUUGUCGUCCUAACUAAGAUUGUUUAGAGUUUAGAGAUAUGAAAAAGAUUUGCAUAAUUUUAUUGAACUUUAAUCUGAAAAUGAUGAGGAGAAAGAUACAUAGGCCACAUCUGCACAAUCAAACCCGUACUACCAAAUGAUUGAGCAUGGUGAGUUAUUACAAACAAACACACACACACAUGCUCAGUUGUAUAUACUCUCUCAUGGCAACAGACAGCAACACUCUGCAGCAGCAGCAGGAGCAGCAGCAGGAUCCAUGUGCUGCCAUAGUUUGUAGCACUUUCCUGUUUGUGGAAUAACCGCUUCCCUUUGAAAGUCCACACUGAAAGAGCUCCACACUGCAAACAUUCCUCAGCCAAGGAAAACACCUCUGGUGACCGAACCGCAGCCCCUCCCUUUGUCCCCGUCCAGCCGAGGUGUUUCACAGACAGAUAAAAUCAGCCGGGGGGCCCCUGGGGAGUGGGACUCAUGCUGCCUUUCCGUAGACUCUCAUUUUUCAAACAUAGGAGAAAAAAAUCACAUUGAAACACGGCUGAUUUUUAAUCUUGUGAGCAGAGACAGAUGGAUUAAUAAUUUUUAUAGAUCAGUAUCUCUGCUUCAAAGCGAUGGACAGGAAAACCGCAGCUACAUUUCAAUGAUGUCAUCAGGAAACAAAACCAAGAACUGCUCCAUUCAGUGUGAAUUGAAGACAGACUUCUGUAUGUACAUCUGAAUGUUUAUAUGAGACUUCACAUUAAGAUUUGUGAACCAUACAAUUUAUGACCCUAGAUGUGAUCCUGAGUAAGUUCAAUUUGUUGUCACUGUCAUUUGACAAGGUUCACAGUUUGUCUUUCAGGGAGUCCUAGCUAAAUGAAGUACGAUUUGUCAAUUUUACAAUCAAACAGCAUAUUGUAAUGAGCCCGUAUGUAAAUCAGUAUAGUAGACAAACACAACUUCUUGCAUUGCCUAAUAAGCAAAUAAGUGUGUGGGUGUUAAAUGAUGUGUGUGUGUGUGUGUUAGAGAGUGUGUGUGCGUGUUAGUUCACAGCCAUUAGACUGGAAGGAAACACUUUUCCCUCUGAGUGUAUUUUAAGGAUUAAGGUAAACAGACUUUAACAAGGUGCCAUUAUCGCUUCCAUGCACUCUCUCUCCUGUGUACGUCGCACAAAGGUCGAACAUGCAGGUUAGUACAUUUGAGAUGAUGUCAACCAGAAAACAACUCAAUAAAAAGAGAGUAAGAAUCUGCACUUUAAGUAGCCAACAGGUGAUUCGACGCUUUAUUUCCCCUUUUUCAUUGAAAAUGUCUGACAAUUUUGACGCUAUCUACACUUUAUUAGUAAACUUGUUUGUUUAUUUCUCUGUUUAUUUAUUUUAAUUGUUUAUAUAUCUAUACUCUGCUUUAGGAAAAUGUGAAACCACAGAAAUGUCCUGUUUCCGGAACACAGCUGCCACCUGUAUAAAUGACUUAAACGUGAUUUAAAUCCUGAAAUAAACGCUACACCUUCAAGUGGGAAACAUCCCAAUCCAGUGUUCAUUAAGACAAGUUGUGGUUUGUGCCAGUCUUAACGUAAUGACGCAGUGACGUAAUUACCUUCCCCCGCUAAUAACUGCGUCACAAAGCCUCGUGGGGAUGUUUGUGCGGCAGCUGUCCGCGAGCCCAACUCGUUCAAUUGACCUUGUGCUCACAACAGGUAGAAGGGGGUAGAGAAGAGAGAAAUAGAAGGUAUUUUUUUAGACUUGAAGUGGCUGUUAGUGCUCACGCCCCACGCUGGCAAUUACACACAAUCAGACGGAGAGCCACAGACCUGCUCCUCCGUACAAAAGGAGUCCCGCGCGCUGUGGAACCUGCGGGUGAGGCCCGCGUGCUCCUCAAGUGCGUGCAGCUGCGGGCGCUCCAGAGAAGGCUCACUUCCCCUGCAAUUAGCUACUCGUUUCAUUUUGAACAAUGAAAAACUGGUUUAUUAUCAGCUCUUCUGGCAGUCGUUUCGGUUUAAAAUACCUUGGUCCAUUUUUGGGGUUAUUAUUUAUUGGUGUCUGAAGUGGCUCUGAGAAGUUAUUUUCUCCUAAUUGUCAGGCUUAUCUUGAUUUGACAAAAUUUACCCGAGGCCUGAAUGGCACUUGAGCGAUUCAGGCUCACACAUAAAAUGACCUGUGGUUUAAUUGUGCUCCCUAUGUGUCAUUAGAGAUUUGAUUUGAACGCUUAAGGCCCAUGUUAGCUCAACGUUGUGGAUACAGCUCACUCCUUCAGCUGUUUUUAUUUGUUUUUAUUCUGGUUAGAACAGAGCAUUUUACCCGACUCCUUAUAACACAACUGUCAAUAAUUCCGAAUGAUUUUUUUUCCCCCAAACAGAUGACUCCGAGCAUGAGUGGAUUGUGCGGACUUGUCGGAAAGCCUGGGAUGAGGUUCUUGGCAUUCAUCCUGAAAAGUCUUUUGCAACCAGAUCUGGAGAGAGCAGCGACUGGUGAUCAUCAUAAAACUCGUCUUUUAGGCAUCUCAAUAGUGGUGUAGUUAUGUAAAAUAAAAAGGGUGUAAGUCCUUUCUGAUCUUCUUUUAUGCCGAUCUUUAUAAAAACAAACGUCUGUUUAUGUCAUGACUCACACUUUUAAAGCUUCCUUGUAUUUAUUAAAGAAGUUGUCACUGUUGUAAGUA